ACGGCGGCUUAGCGGAGCUGCGCUGGGUGGGUGGGGUGGCGAGCAGACUGCCAACAGAGGCUGGGGACUGCGAGUCACAGCAGUGGUACCUGCCUCAGUUUACCACUCUGCGUUGCGGACGAGCCAGUUCGCCUGGGCGAAAUCUCCGCAGAGCCCCGGAAAAGCCGUUCUGCCCCGCGAGGGAAACGGAGCCGUUGACCAUGGUUGCAACUGGCAGUUUGAGCAGUAAGAACCCAGCCAGCAUUUCAGAGUUGCUGGACCGUGGCUAUCACCCCGGGAGCCUGCUAAGUGAUUUUGACUACUGGGAGUAUGUUGUUCCUGAACCCAACCUCAAUGAGGUGAUAUUUGAGGAGACAACCUGCCAGAAUUUGGUUAAAAUGCUGGAGAACUGUCUUUCCAAAUCAAAGCAAACCAAACUCGGUUGUUCAAAGGUCCUUGUCCCGGAGAAACUGACCCAGAGAAUUGCUCAAGAUGUCCUGCGACUUUCCUCCACAGAGCCCUGUGGGCUCCGAGGUUGUGUUUUGCACGUGAACUUGGAAGUUGAAAAUGUAUGUAAAAAGCUGGAUAGGAUUGUGUGUGAUGCUAGCGUGGUGCCUACUUUUGAGCUGACACUUGUGUUUAAGCAGGAGACCUGCUCAUGGACUAGUUUCAGGGACUUCUUCUUUAGUAGAGGUCGCUUCUCAGCUGGCCUUAGGCGAACUCUGAUCCUCAGCUCAGGAUUUCGACUUGUUAAGAAAAAACUUUACUCUGUGAUUGGAACUACAGUCAUUGAAGAGUGCUGAGAAGGAAAACAAUUUAAAGGUUCUUUAUGAUUGGGUAAUAAAACUAUACAGCUAUUCA